AUGCCGCCCGUCAGCCGCCCCCGCCGCAUCGUCGGCGUUUCCUUGAAGAUGUACUUCGACCUCCCCUCCACUCUCUCUUACAUCCGCGGCAUGCUCCAGCUUGACGGGCUUGCCUGGAACGCGCGCAUCGACCUCUUCGUCAUUCCCGACUUCGUCUCCCUCGUCUCCGCCGCCGACAUCCUGCAACCCUCCUCGAUACUCCUCGGAGCGCAAGACACUCACUGGGAAGACAAAGGCGCGUACACGGGCGAAGUUUCACCCGUUGUCCUGCAACAAGCAGGCGCCAAGAUCGUAGAGAUAGGGCAUGCAGAGCGGCGUAAGCUAUUCGGCGAGACGGAUGAAACCGUCGCGAAGAAGGCGGGAGCUGCGGCGCGGAAUGGGUUGAUCCCUCUCGUGUGCAUCGGCGAGCGCACGCACAACACCACGUCGCCUUCAGCAGCGGUCGGCGCUGCUAUACAAGAAUGCACGCCUCAGGUUACAUCUGUGCUUGCUGCAAUGCCCGACGACAGCGAGGUGAUACUGGCGUAUGAGCCUGUGUGGGCGAUUGGCGCCAAAGAGCCUGCGGAUGCGGAUCAUGUUGUCAACGUGACAAAGGAGCUGAGGCGGUUGGCUGGCAGCCGGAAAGGCGUCACGAGGAUAUUGUACGGAGGCAGCGCGGGACCGGGCACUUUCGCGAAGAUCUCGGAAGGCGUGGAUGGGCUGUUCCUGGGGCGGUUCGCGCAUGAUAUGCAAAACCUUAAAAAAGUCGUUGAGGAAGUGGGUGGAGCAUGA